AUGACCGCGGCGAAUCUGGCGAUGAUGGUCCCGCUGUUGCUGGCCGGCUGCGCGGGUUGCGGUUGCGUGGUCGUCGUGUCCGCGGCCGGCGAUCCCGUCGACGACGCGCCGGCGGGAGUUUUCGGCGGCGGCGGCGGCGGUGACAGCGGUUUUAAUGACGACGGCGGCGGCGGCGAUGACCGCAAGACCCUGACCGUCAGCUCGGCCGUCAAGAGUUGCCUGGCCGGCGUCGACCCGUUCUUGCCGUGCAUCAACGAGCGGGCCAUGGCCGCGCUCGAACGGACCGAAUCCGCGGACGCGUUGCUCCUGGACCCGGGCCUGGAGAUCGCCAGACAGCCUGGCGACGAAACGCCCGCGCCCAGAGGAGUCUAUUCGUUCGGUAAUACGCGUUUUUAUAUAUAUAGUAGAUUAUUACAAAAUCGUAACGGUUAUAAAUUCAGCGGCUCGAGACGAUAACACGUCAACGGGGUUCGCGAGAUUAAAACGAUACCCUUUAAUCGGGGCUCGGGGGAAAUCGCGCCGAAAAAGUGAUUUUUAGCGCUUUGAUUUGCGUUAAAAAGGCACAAAUGAAAAUUACAAUCUAAUUAUUGUCUUUGCUCGAAAUUCUUUUAGAAAGAUGCAGCCGUCAGAGGGGCGGGCGUAUAGUAUAGUCAUCGCCAGAUAUUCUGAGAUAUUAUUCGUAAUGCUAUAUCCCAACAAAAACCCUCCGUCAUCAAUGCGUGUAAAACCGUCGUUAAGAAAAAAUGAAAAAACUCAAGUCAGAAAAAUUGUGGUAUCCAAAAGGGGCUACUUAUUUAACUUAGCUUGGCGGUUAUUAAUAUUUACGACUACAAAUAAAGAUACAAUGCCAACAUAAAUUUUUACAUACCAAUUUUAUAAUUUAUUAAUAUUACCGUAAUACUAUUUAGGUACAUACUAAGAGUAGCCGCCGAGUUAAGUUAAACUAUUUAUAUUAAAUUAUCGCACUUCAUCAAAUAUAAAACAAUUAUAACCAAUUUCUAAACUGAUGAAUUUAAGAAAUUACUUAGUCCCUUUUUGAUAUCACAACUUUUCUAAUUUGAGUUUUUUUUUUUUCUUAGCGAGGGUUCUACACGUAGUAGACUGACGGAUUUUGUUGGCAUAUCACUAAUUUCUUAAAUAAAAUGUUGGAUAUAGUUAACCUAUGUUUUAUUUUUAUAGAGUAAAAAAAAAAUAAUUGGGAUAAAAUAUCUUUGUCGUUUUAUGGAUUGAGUAAAUGAAUAUAUUUGAUGUAUAGCCACGAAUAUAGCUUAUGAAUGUUGCUGUAAAACGAUACUAUAGUGAUACAGCGUUAAAAUAAACAAAAUUGUUUUUUAUUCGUCGCAAACGGCCACCGUCGAAAAUAGGUAGUAAAAACGCGUACAACAUAUUAUACAUUGUUGUAUUUAUUGUUGAAAAAAAAUUACCGUUUCGUGUAAAAACUCUGCUAAUACUUUUGCACAUUAUUCAGGCUGUAAUCAUCCGAUCAACUUGAAAUUUGCAAAAUUUUCGUCUACGUAACUUAUUGGUCAACCUGCGUAAAUUUCAAAACAAUGAGUCUAUUAUUUUAGGCUACAGAGAGGUCGGAUCAUUUGCCGUAAAAUUGCACAGGUUAUUACAUAGGAGUUGACUGUCUCGUGUAAUACGCUGCGAUCGGCACAAGAGCUCUUUUUUUCUCUUCUUAGCUUUGGAUUUUCAUUUUGUUAUAAAGUUUUUUUUUAUCAGUUUUUGUUUAAAUUAUUUCAUUUAAAUGCAUCUUGAUGAAACAUCCUUUUAUACAUUUUUGUCGUGGUUUAACUGCCCCGGACCCCGUUUCCUACGCCUAUGGUUAAAGCAAACAUUUCUUCGUCCCCCAAUCCAGUACAAAAUUCUAGCUUCGCCACUGAUCAUGUUAUGAACCGUAAGUGGUUAUUCUCGCGCACCACCUACACAAAUUCGACCGCCGGUUCAAUUACGUGUUUUAUUAUUAAAUUACAACUACAACUAUCGAUUGUCGUUAUAAUAUUUUCGUUUCUCUGCUGUACCGCGCCCUUGACCGCAGAACGCGUGUUUCGAAAGUUACGACGAUCGUAAAAUAUACUUAUAAUAUGUUGUACGGAUAAAAAUUAUUUUAAGUACACGGUCGAUCAUCAACGACGUUACAAAUUACACGUGGACACACACGAAAAGGGACUCGGCCGUUUGUAUGGCAAUAUUAUUAUAUUUUACGGUACCGUAUAUCUAGUAUUGAUGUAUUUCGAAAAUUUUGUUGUAUUUUAUCGCGUACGAGAUGCACGAAGUGAAUAAAAAAAGAAAAAAAACUCGAAUUUUAUACCCGGAAGGAUAUAGUUAUUAUUGAUAUACCUACGUAUUCCUACACUCUCCGAACGUAACGUAUAAUUUUCGAGUUUUGUUCGACAUGUUUUUAACAAUUCAAAUUCGAAAUAUUUUAAUAUUUCAGCUACAUACUACGAAGUAACGGUUAACUGUAUGCAAUUUUUCAAUGAAAUUGAUAUAAUUUAAUAUCGUGAUCGCAGUACAGGACUGAAUAAUAAUUAUUAUUGUACUACAGUAAUAUUUUACGAAAAAAUUAUUAGUGAGAAAAACUAGCCGGAUAUGCUUUGUACCGUGGUCGUCUUUGGGUUGGCAUUUGUGGUAAAUGUAAAGUUGGGAAGAUAUAUCUAUAUAUAUAUAUAUGUUUUCGGUCAUUUAGUUUAUAUACUGUAUGCGACGAUAAAUCAUUAGAAACAAAAAACGAUUCUGUAUGAAUUAGUGUCAAAAAACUAAAAAAACAAACAGUUUAUAAAAAAUAAGAAAUGUCGGAGGAAGAGUAUUUUUUGGGAACUUUUCGAAAAAAAAUUUAAAUGAACUAAUAUAGGGUGAACAAUUUACAUUUUUUAAGGUAUCUAUCUCGAUCAACACACUGGAGACACCUGAGAAGGUUUAGAAAUUCUCUUUAGAACUCACCGAUAAUCAAUAGGAAGUUCAAAUUUUGAUUUUUUACUAUCAAAAAAGGUAAAGCAUCCUCUAGCCUUAUUCCUGAUGUUGGAAUUCGGACCAGGACUGCUCUUCGGGAUUCAAACGGAAACUUUCCUGAAAUACAUCAUGUAGGUCCUGAAAAUGUCAUCCGAAAAUCAGAAAUAUAAAAAAAACUGAAUACGCAACCGGGAAUCGAACCACGGAUCCUAAACCUAACUUAACUUAAUCUACCGCCAAACCAGUCACGAUUACCGUCAUCACGUCUCCGCCACUAUAGAUUAAACGCAAGAUACAGGCACCCCAUGUAUCAUUAAUAAAAAAAAGAGGCCGCCGAACCUAUAAAAUAACGUAACGGUAUGCCGUGUUCCCCUCAAAUAACAAUCUUCUCCUUUACUUUCAUCCCAACUAUUUGGAGCCUCGUUCUGAACUUCAAUUUGACUCGAUCUCCCACCUCUCAUACACUUUGUAUCAUUCUUAAUCGCAUCCAACUACCUCUUUUUGGGCUAUGUCUCUUACGUUUAUUUGUGUUACAAUUUUUACUGCUGCAAAUUUUUCUCUUCUCAUGAAUUACCUUUCUCUGUCUAUUUUCUCCAUUUCAUUUAAUAUUGCCGCUACGCCAUAUGAAUGGUGGGGUAGAUUGAACAUUUGUCCAAGGCUCCCGCCAAUAUAAAUUUUCAAGUAGAACAUUUUUUUUGAUAUUGGCCACAGGCCACACUUUUAGCUACAUCAUAAUAUAGUUUAUAUAUUAUAAAAACAAAAUCAGAUUUGAAAUAUAAAUUACUACAUCUAAAGUUAUAUAUUGACAGAAUAAGAAUUUUUUUUGAGAGGAUUAAAAGUCGUGAAUAUAGAAUAUUCUAUAAUUUAUACGUGUUUUGUUUUCGACGUAUCGGUUGAUUAACUGUAGAAAUAGCGUUAAGAAUUUUUAAUUUUUUUAAAUAUUUCGUCGUGUUUUAAUUGAGAUAGAUUUUAUCGGAUUUUAAAAAUGUUAACUAAAUCUAAAAAAGUUGAGUAUAAAUACCACCUGAUGCCGAGCAAGGCGUGGUAGGUAGAGAAAUAGAUAUAAGUGCCUACAUGGUUCUGUGUUUUAUAUAUACUGUACUAUAGUAUACUAUAUGUUUCUGCACCGUUCAUCUGUAAAUUAAUAUAUUUCUAUUCUCAUCAACUAUCCGAUUUAUUUAUUAUUGAAAUAUGUAGUGUGUAAGUAUCCAAAAAUUUUAGUGCAAUAACCGGGACAAUAAUUUUAAAAAUAUUAACCAGUCAUCGCUACCGUCCCGAAUAAUGACCGUAUGUUUUACAAAAUCAUAUAAUUGUAGUAUCAUCAAAGUGAUAAAAAAAAUUGUUAAAAAUAAUAAUAUCCAUUCAAAUCCGUUAUGUAUAGUAUAGACAAUAUUUUCCUUAGUCUGAAAUUGUAAAUUUCCGUUUAGCAUAAUUUUCUCCGUGUGUCUAGUGGUAAAAAACUCACGAGAUUACGUUCACUGCGCUUUUACCAGAGUGUAGCAAUAAUUCGUAGCAAGAAAGAUCCGGUCGGUUAGACGAAGUCGAAUUCGCGGUACAAUUCGAUAUCGUGCGUCAUAACAGUCGUUUGCCACUGUCGGUAACGUGAAAACCAAAAGCAGUAACGUCAGAAUCAGAUCGCCUCUGGGUGUCACUAAGCCGGGCGUCACCAAGCCCUUCGCGUUUCCGAAGCGAAGGAGGCCUGCGUGUUUCGGAUAGUCGAAAAAAAAGUGCGUCGUAAUAAAAGACCACAAUAGCCAGUGGACUAAAGACUAAAGACCGCGAGAUCGAAAUCUCCGACGCGUCGGCGAAACGUCUGACCGCGCCGCCGGACGGUCGCGUGAGCCGAGAAAUCCGCGAGAAAUGCAAACCGCGGUCCAAAAAAUCAAAGUCUCGUGUUGCGCCGGCAAGGUUACCGUGUGGAAGCUGGCUAUCCGGAGCGUGGACGAGGAGCGUUUGGAAGACGUGCUCGCCGAGCUAAACCGGUUGUCCGAGCCCGGCGAAAAGAACGUUUAAUACAAAAUAAUAACUGUACGCAUUGUUCGCGGGAUGUCGGUCGGAAACAAUAUUAAAUCAGUUGUGCUGGUCCGUGGCGUACGGCCGGAACAAAAAAAAAAAAAAAAAAAAAAAACAACAACGUCCAAACCAAUAAAAUUAUCGUCGGAGCUGGGAAGGCGGUCGGGGACGGUACGCGCCAACCGCGUUAUUUGUUUUCGAUUUGUGUGUUAUCAAUUUGUUCAUUGUUGUUUGUUUGGUUGUUUUUUUUUUUUUUUUUUUUUUAGUUUUAAGUCAGAUCACUUAAAAUCAGUUUUACUCUUGAAACAACUCGUAUGUAAUAAAAUAAUUGUCGUGUAAGCAAAACGUUUGUUUGCCGUGCAACGUAUUACGGACGUCAUAUUUUAUUAUUUAAUUGUUUAAAAGAAAAAUUAUAAUAAACGAGUCGUUUGUACACACCUGUACGCUAUAAACGCAUACUUAGGUUGUCAGCUUAAUUCCGAUUAACGUUGUAUCGUACCCAUCGUAAAAAAACAAAUUCGAAUUAAAAACCGGACAUAGUUAACAGCAACAACGUAGCAAACAACGAUUCUGAGUGGAUUUCGAAUUGAACUGUUCGCCGAUCAGCGAUCCCCACCGUUUAACGGAGACAACCAAGAUAAAAAAAAACGAAUUUUUGGCUAGAUAUAGGAUACAUAAGUUAAUUAAAUUUAUAUAUAUUUGACGCGAAAACAGACUACGUUUCUAAGCGAUGACGUCAGAUUGAAAAUAUGUUUUGAAAUGCCGUGACUUUUACGAUUUCCAUAGAAAUUUGAACUGGAAACGCGUAAAAAAAUACCAUACGAAUUCCCAAUAUACUUUGUAAAGUGCUAUAAGAAAACCGUAUGCUUAACUUCGUAACUUGUUUUAGAGCAUUUUCGAGAAUUGAAUCGAAUUGAGUGUCCACAUGACAACUAAAAUAACUCGAAAAUUUAAAACAGUUCGAAUAAUUAACGAAGAACUGUACACCACGUCCGUAGAAACCGUCUUUACGAUUAUUGUUAACUGUUGAAUUACAACAAAAAAUUAUAUUGUAAAUAACAGAGACCGUUAUUAUUGUGUAUAUUUAACGAAAAAAUGAUGAGGAACAAAUCCAAUUUGUUAAUUUUUUUUUUUUUUCUGUAUAUUGUUUAUUUAAGAACGAUGGUGAAAUCAGAAUUAAACGGACUGACUAAAAUUCGAAAUUAUAGCUAUUUGAAGUUUUGAUAUUAUGCGGGUGUUAUAUGUUAAAUAUAUCUAUUUUGUUCUUCUUGAAGCAUAUUUUUGUCGUGAUCUAAUGGUUAUUUAUGUCUAUUAUCAUCCUAGGGGUUCCGGCUCAAACCAUUGUGACGUAAAAUAAUUGUUUGAAUUUUGUUUUCCUUUACCUAUAUAAUGAAAUAAAAAAUGCAUUUUGGAUGUAUCUAGAGAUCCAUCGUCAUCGCUCUCUCGGACUAUUUUAAUCGCAAAAUAUCCUUCAAUUUGUUGUGUACGCUUUUCUACCAGAAAUCUUGCUCCGAUGUAUCAGUGUAGCUUAUUUUCUGAAAGAAAAUUUUGUAUCCAUGAUAAUUUAAAUAAGUAAUUUAAUGAUUUUUCAAGCGGUUUUUAUAAUAUCUGGGAAAAAUCAGGAUGAAAUUAGUAAAAAAAUAUUAUGGCCUUUUUUUCUGAGUACAACUUUUUUAUCAUCAAUUUUGCUCCAAUUUAAAUUAAUAGCACUUUUUCAGGACAAAAAUCUGAUGGGGAAGGUACUUUAUGGAAGUAAUUUUCUGAUUUUUCUUAGAGUUUUCCCAAUAAAUGGAAAAAAUCGGGAAAAAACAUGAAAAAAUCGGUACAAUAUUAAACAAAUAUUAUUAAAGAAAAUAUAUAAUGCCUAUUUAAUUAUUUUACCACAAUAUGACAUAUAUAUUGUUGACAAAGCAUCACUAUCAACUGAACUGCACUCAGAAUCUUUUUUUCGUUAGCAAUGUUUUAUCGUUGUUUAAAAAUAUAUAUUAAAGUACCUAUAAUAGUGUCUGCGCCAGUCUACAUUAUCCUAGAACGUCUUUUUUAUUUUAUUAUUACGUAUUCCAUCCUGACUGCGCAGCUUCGUUGAACUGCACCACAUCGGUAGGUGCUGGGUCAUCGUGUAAUUUGUGACCAUAAUAUCACCUACUGAGUUAUUAAAAACAGGUCGUUUCACGGGUAUAUACGGGUAUAUAUGGGCAAUAUAAGUUUUUAAUGUCGAAAUACAUCUCGAAAACUCAAUGGGAGGAGGGAUUAAAUGAGGGUUAUUGAGGGCCAAAUAAGAUGCUCCCAGAAAUGUCAAAAUGCUCAUCAAUUGGAAGCUCCGGGUGCUCUUUAAUUGAACUCAAAUAGUUAGGUAUGUAUUAAUUUUGACGGAAACAGUCAGUUCUUUGGAAGGUUAAAAUGCAUCCAAAAUGGUAAUAAUGGUCAAGCACCGAUUGGAAAUGAAUCAGGCACUACUCGGGAAGUUUAAAAAAGGCUUCCCAACAAGGAAUUCUUGAUAGACAUUAAUUUCAUAAUAAACAUGAAUUUCCCACGGCCGUUAUUGAUGUUAGAGAUAGUUGGGAAAAAACCUUAUAAGUAUUUUUUACACUUAUCGAAAAAAUAUAUUCAUAGACGGAAAAAAUCAGAAAUCUUCUUUGCAAAAGUAUACAUCAUUAGACUUAUAUUCAGAAUCUCAAAACUAUACUCGUCCGCGAGAAUAUUAAUUUAAAAGUCAAAUGUAUAUUAUUAUAUUUACGUACAUCGGCGAGGAAAAAAAAAAGAAAGAGACUUGUUUAUAAAGUAGUGUAAUAGUUGAUAGUUGGCAAGGACCGAUGAAAUAUAUUAUUUCGCUUCCGUGUCAUCAUAAUUAUUUACGUGCGUGCGUGCGUGCGUGUGUGACAAAUGGAAUCUCGGAAUAAAACGAUAACACGUAGGAUAUAAUGCCGUGGGUAAAAUCGUAAAAAAUACUAUGGCCACAUAUAUAAGAAAGUCGAUUCCCCGCGCGUUUGUCCAUUUAGGGUUGUAGUCUAGCAAAAUUGGUACGACGCUCCGCGGACAAACACGGUAAUCUCCGCGUCUAGAUGUUGUCCGUUUGGGUCGUUUGUUCAAAGUUUCGUCAAUUGUUAUACACCUUUCCGGCGAAAGUUAUAAAUACCACUAACUAUACCUAUACACGCGUUAUAAAUAUUUCCGGUUUACGUGUGUGUUACACAUUUUCCAAAAUGAUUCCUGUAAAUUCUCAAUGGCGCCGAAAUAAAUUCUGAGUUAAACCAGAAAAAAAAAAAAAAAUAUUUACACGAUUUGUAAAUUUGAAAUGCGACUAUUAGUAAAAAGUAUAAAUCGGGCCGAAACAAUGUUUAAAAAACGCUGGAAUAUUAUAAAAAUUGCACCGCGUAUAGAAACAUUUCACUUGUGAAAAUUUCACGUCUCCUAUGUGAGAUACACCGGACGACUAUGCGCCCACUCCUAAAAUAAAAUUAGACUCGCGAGUUGAUCGCGGAGGAGCUUAUUGGAAAAUUCUUACACGGAUUGUCACGCGAUGAAAUUCUCCUUCUUACCUAUUAUCUUCAAUACUCUUUGAAGUUUCUCAAUGAUACACGAGAUACCACGCACCAUUACUUAUUGUUAACAUUCACGGUGUUCUAGUGACAUUACGGACAUGAUAUUAUUUUGAACCUAUAUUUUGAUUAAGGACAACAGCCGAUAUUAUUAUUCGCAUCGGAUAUUAUUUUCGUGUACGCGUUCGAUCGUGCAACGGGACAUGACGUAUACCUAUUACCCAUUACCCUUAUUGGUAAUAUAAAUUAAUAAUUUUUUCUUAAUUAUCGUCAAAUAAUUUUUAUCAAUUCAUUGUUGAUAAUUUUGAUUUUAAAUUGUAUUUUCUAGUCUUGUACAUUUUCACGCGGACAUAUUGUUAUUGGGUAUUUUUUUCGAGGCAUAAACGAACGCGCGGUUUUAAAUUUUUUUUUUUUUUUUUUAGGACAUAAAAUCGUGCCGGCGUCAGUCCGUCGGCUAUAUCGAAAUGUUUCCAAUUGCUUAUUAUUUUGUGUUAUCGCAUUCACACGGCCCGUGUGUACACUGUGUGUUUUCUUCGUGAUCGGUGACUUCCGGUUGGCGGCGGUAUGGUUUUAUUGUUAUUAUUAUUUGCGCUUCUUCCAAAACGCAUAAUAAAUGUGCAAUGCGAUAUUGAAUUUUUCGACGACGACGCGAUGAUAAUAAUAUUAUAACGGCUUUAUAGUGACCGAUAAAAACGUAUACAACGACAACGGCACCAAUAUUAUUAAAUGUCCAAUCACAAUCGCCGUUUCGAUGAAAAUAACACGAGAACAAAAUUAUCAGUUAUCCACUGUCAACACGUGUAAUCCUUUAGGAUUAAAAAAUAUUAUUACUUAGUUAUAAUAUUACUUAAUUAACAAGUUUGUGAAUGUUGAAAAACCCUCUUAAAAACAACACGCUUAGUCCCUCGAAAACAGCUCGCAAUGCUAAGAAAAAAAAAAAAAUAAAUAAUAAUAACAAUAAGCAGAUAUAGCAGUAACGAAGCAUUCAUAUAUAUAGCAUGACAGAUUCACAACCUACGCAUAAAAAAUAAUACUUAUAAUAUAAAUCGUUAAUAAUACAAUACAAUAAGAAGAAGAAGUUACCUUAAAAGAGGGGAGGGGGUUGUGAGGUAAAACAAAAAUUCAAAAAAGGUGUCGAAACUGAGUACAUGCCAUUGUUACAUAGAAAUAAGCACAUAAUAUUGGCUUGAAAUAAUAGCUGUACUUUUGUUCAAAACAAUUUUAAAACGUAUCCUCAGGGACGCAACUCUAUACUCAACACAGGACUUGGCAAGACUGAUUCACAAAGCCAAGAGCGCAAUAUAUCAGAAAAGGGGCGCAAAAUCCGGAAUUCAUUUGUAGUAGAAUUUACAAUAUUUUGUAAAAUAAUAGUGGAUAAAGGAUAGGCUAUAAAAGCGGGAAUUUCCGUGUAGCCAAAGGCGCUAAAUACCUUUUUUACAGCUCUAAGUAUCUUUCACGUACCUAUGUGUACGGAUAAAAACUACAUAACGUUAUGUCUUACAGUACACGAGGGGGGGGGGGAGAGGAAAAUGAUUUCACAACCUUAAUAAUUAAUACCUCGUGUAUCAGCAUGAACGGGUUUUCGAAAAUUAAACGAUACGAUAAUCCGCGUGCAUUCUGAACUUAUUGUCCCGACAUUAUAUCGUUAAUAAAUUAUUAUUAUUACCAUGUGCGGCUACUCCUUCGUCGUGUGUUAAAUCCGCCGCCGCCGUUAAAAAAAAAAAAAACAGUUAUGACUUGAACGGCACACUAAAUGUUAAAAAAUAACGUACACAGUUUUGACACACUUAAUAAUAUUUACUCUAGUAAAUCGGGUACGCAGCGCAAUCGCGAGAGAAGUUUUCAUGAAAAAAAACAUAAAUCGAUAUUAUAAUAAUAUAUCAAUAGUUGUAACCGGUAUUUUAUAUAAAUAAAAAAAAAAAACGAUUUCAUUAUAAAUGGAUACGGUAGUGAGCGAUGUUUUUGAUGAAAUGUCGUAUGCAAAGUUAAUCUGCCCAAAUGGUCCGAUUGACUCGAUUGUGUAAAAUACAAUUCAUAAUAUUUAUAAGCCAACGUUAGUUUUUUCUCUAACCCCAAACAUAAAUGCAUCGGACGUUCGUUUAGAAAUAAAAACUAAUUGCCGGAUUGGCUUGCGUCCUAAAAAAAAUUAUAAAUACACCUAUAACACAGAUGAAUUUUGAAGUUGAUUAAAUUUCAACACUAUCGAUAAUCAAUAAUUGACACUUGCAUUUUCAGUAGAAGUGUGUAGUUAUGAAAUUUCACGUCACACUCUGUUUAGGGAGGUUCGUCGCCACCGAAACAAUCCUAUAUAAUACCAUCAUGCCUAUUCCCGUCCACCCACGGCGUACGGAUAUUUGGCUUUCUUUAUGUACGACAACAAACUUUUAUAUUUUAUUCGUUGCGGAUGAGGUUUCGCUUUCAAAAAAUUUAAAUUACAUACAACGUGCGCAGUGCUCUGUCACGCGCGUUCGCCCGACCGAGUGGUUUGUCCGUCCGAAUUCCUAACCUAAAAUAUCCUAUUUCACAUAAAUUAUACAUUCAUCAGAUCUGUUGUACUCCGCAAUAUAAUAACAUUAUUAUGUUUGAUCCGGCCGCCGCGCGCCACCACCGACGUUCGAUUUCCAAAAGUCAUUCGAGUCCCAAUUAUUAUUAUAAUGCGUUCCGUCAGACGAUUGUGUUGUACAAACGGAUUUGAAGUACCUGUCGUAUUUCCUUUUGCCGGAUAAUUAUGCAAAUGAUUGACCUUAUUGGAGGAUGCAGCGCACAGAGCGACUAUGUAUAACGAGACGUAUAAUCAAUUCGGAAUACGGUUAUACAUAAAACACUGUUCUAUAAUGCCAAUGCAAAAUACUAUACGCGAUCGGACUUUCAUAUUAUAAAAUUAGUAUACCUAACUCGUGGUUAUUAUUGUACUUGGUAGGCAUUUUAAUUAACAAUAGCGCGCGUUGAGUAUCAGACGUCGAAAAUAUAGUUCGAACUACGUCUUCGAAAUCUUAGGAUUUAUUAUUAAUGUGAAUAAAAUUGUAAAAAGAAAAAGAAAAAAAAAAAAGGCCGAUAUUGUGUGGCACUGUUUCAAGAUAGAGGAUUAAAUCGAAUAAUUGAAUUCAUCCACUUUUUGCCCCGCGUACUGUAGAUAUACUCGCAUUGUACUUAAUCUGUCUGUAUAGAUGUUUUUAUGUUCGCCCUUACGAGUCGAUUGAUUAGUGGCUUUUUGGGAUAACGUGUUUUUUUACUUUUCGUCAUAGACAAUUAUGUGUCAAAGCCUAGGUCAUUCGAGAUAAAAGAUUAUUCGUCACAAUAGAUUCAAAAACGCUCGUAUUUUUUAUCCUCCUUUAAGUUUAUUUGGUUAUAGUCGGUCUGCGAUUGUCGUUAGAUGUCAAUAAUUGCUGCGCUUCUGAAAUAUUAAUAAUAUUAUUGUUUGACCUAAUCUUCGAUGCUCCUGGUAUUUUCGACAGGCGAUAAUCCGUACAACGUCGGUGCCGUCAUUGAAGCCGCAUCCUCGUUGCUGUCCAGGCGAACGUUUAUUUGGGAUCUGAGUAUACUUUAUCCCGGGUUACAGAUGCGAAUCGGACCGACGUACAACGGCAAAGGAUUAAUCGACUUCAACGUGGACCGACGGCAUACGUUCAACGAGAGAAGUUUGAAUUAUGGUAGGUAUUUUUGUGUUUUGUUUUGAUUUGCAGGGCGCUACUAUCUAUAAUAUUAUCGGUUUAUACUCACCUCGUGGUAUUAAAAAAUAUAGGUGAUUUUGAUAAGAAAUAAAAUUCAGUGAAUCCCGAUUGUUAUAAUAAUAAUAUAGUAGUUAGUUAUUGGCAAUAAUUUAAUUUAAAUGCAUCUAAUUGUCGAGGUACGAUAACAUACUAAAACUAGUUGGCAACAAAACGAAAAAUAAUAAGUAAGUAAAUAACCGACAAUUCUCUAUCUACACACCGAGUUCGAGUGAAAUAAUAAAGUAACAGGCAACCACUAGAGUACGCUACCAAUCACAAAAUUACACAAUUAUACAUAUUAUAUUUGUAACAAAUGUUAGUAUUAUUUAUAUAUCUUUACAAAAGGUUUCUUAUUUUAAGUUCUAAUAAUAUUAUUAGUACGUAAAUUGUAUUAUUGUUUUGUAAUGUUUGUUUUUUUAAUCAGUUUUUAGAGGCUAUUAUUAAAUUUCAUUUGUAAAUUUUGAAUAUUUUUUUUUAUAAAAAAAAAUGUUAUCAGAUCGUUAAAAAAACACCAAUUAUAAAAUAAUAUUUGAUUUAUUUUUCCAAUUAAAAUUGAUUCAAUUACAAGCAUACAUAUUUUUUGUGUUUUUAAGGUCACAUGAUAUUCAAAAGGUCAUUUUUAGCGAAUGUGUUGGCUACACAAAUCACUAUUGCUUCAGUUAUACCAAUCGUAUUUACGGCUAUUUAUUUCCUAACUAAAAACGCUUUUCUGUUGUCCAAGGUCGCGUUAGUUAUCACCAGCGUUGUAAGUGUAUAGUUACUGAUGUUUGUAUUUCUAAAGCGUAGGUUUGCCAAUCAGAAAUAAAAAAAUGUUUAAUACUUUUGUCAUUGCACUAUACAGGUGGGGUACGGUUCGCUGUUUCUGCAACACAGUAGCAAACCGAUCAUUAAUAGCCACCAUCCAUUUGGUGGUCAUAAUCCGACAGGUGCUGCUGCGGGUUUUUAUCCGAUUGGCGGUCAUUAUCCGAUAAACGGUCACCAUCCGAUAAGUGGUUAUCAUCAUCCAACAAGCGGUCAUCACCAUAACGCGUUCGUCGGGGACAUCAGAGGCGAUAAAUUUUAUAACAAUUUCGACGGUUUUCAAAAAAUUUCAUCUUCGAAAUCUCCAACGGCAUCACUAUUUAGAGGCGUCAAUUAUUUCCCGCAAGAAGAGCAUGCCACCUCCGAUGUCGCGUACAAGGACUUAGACUUGGACUUGAACGAUCGUAGCAAAAAAGAAGCGGAAUAAACCAAUUACGACGGUUUAAAAUCACGUUCGCUAGAACACGUACACAAUAUUGAAACUUGUAAAUAAUAUUGAAAUAUGUAAAGAUUCUUUAUGGUAUUAUAAAUUCC